AUUUGACAAAUUCACUGAUAAAUCAAUCGUGUUUGUAAAAAUAUCUCGUUUUCUUCGCUUGUUUGGCUCACAAAUGGGGUUUUCCCUGAAGAAUUUAAAAUUUAAUCGAGAUUAGUGCUUAGAAUACUUAGUAAAUGACUCAAUUCCACCAUAAAACAGUUUAGUGCCGGCAAAUCGGAUCAUGGCGGUCUUAGGAUGGAUGAAAUUCGUAUUUUUGUUCAGCUUUCCUUAUUUGUGUUUGCAAGAAACAAUAAACAAAGGAGGAAUAAUAUUCCACUAUAAUAAUACAUAUAAAUAUGAUGUACCUUACACGGUGGCUGUGAAUAAAAGCACGGAAUACAUACUGGAGUUUGGAGGGGAGUUGGAAGCGUACGAUACUCCAGCGAGAGUGACCGUUGCCAGUGACUUCGCUAAUAAAACAUAUCCGCUGUUCAUCACUGCUAGGCAACAGAAAGGAGUAUUCUCAUGGCAACUGCCAAUGAUAGUUCAGACUCCGGUCAGCCUGGAACAGUUCACCAACAUAUCCCGCACGCUCUGCCCACAUAACAACAUGUUUACGGAGGAUGAAGAUACUUGUGACGUUUCAACCCAGAACACACCAAUUAUCCACCUAACCUCGUCAUCACCGGAUUCCAUAAACGUAACCAUAUUGGUUGAGACCGUCCAAGACUUUUUCGUCAGGUUGAAUUCAACCACCAAUCUAACAAUUACGCCAAGUCAACCUAUGUACUACUUUUUUCCGUUCGACCAAUCGAAUAAUUUAGAUUUGAGCUACCAACAUGCUAAAAGGAAGUAUUUGUGUAAUCAGAUGGAUGAAAAUGAAGGUACUAGUUUUCAUAGGUACCUUUUAAGGUCUAAUUUUGAGACUAGAAGCUGGAUGUCUAGACCUAAAAGCGUCAUUGUCAUGAUUGAGUCUGAUGACGAUAUAUGUGCUGUCGUUUCUAUACAGAAUUUUUCGUGUCCAGUUUUCGAUAACGAGAGAGAUAUUCUAUAUGAUGGGUAUUAUUUGACUAUGACGAGAAGAGGAGGGAUCACACUAACUCAAGACACAUUCCCAGUAGGAUUCUACAUAGUAUUCAUAGUGAAGACGUCUGACGAGGAUUGUACGGAGAAAGGUGGCAAUGCCACCCUCCCCCACGUGGCGCAGUACCUGGGCUGGUCUCAGGAGGAGCAGGUACAGGUGGUCACCAACGAUGGGAGAGUGAAGACCUUCAGUUUCAGAAUAAUACAAACGAUAUCGUACCAGGAGUAUGCGAUAGCGGCGGGCGCGGCGCUGGCAUUCUUCGGCUCGUUCUACGUGGCCUUCGUCAUAGCCGUGCUGUGUCGCAAGCGGAUACAGCGCACUGCUGAACUUAGCGAAGAAGAAGGCCACCUCACCCCCCCAAUAGUCCCCCACGACGCGGGGAACAUAGCGCCGGCGGGGGCGACAAGGCGACGUCACGUCCACGUCGCAGACACCAGCGGGGAGAGCACCUCGCGGCAGUGUCUCGUGGGGGAGGGGGACAUCUAUACUUCUACACGGACAGAUGGCAGUUCGUCAUCCGACACAGAAUCCGACUUCUCGACGCUAGACGAUGUGAAUACCGACAAGGAUAUAUACCGGCUUGGAGGGAAACUGUGUGUCGCCAACCUGGCUAGAUGUCGUCCCCGCGUCCUCUCGGCCCGGUCCAAGAUGUAUCUGUGGAACGUGCUCACAGUGGCCGUGUUCUACACCCUACCGGUCAUACAGCUUGUUGUCACGUACCAACGGCUCCUAAACCAAUCAGGGAACCAGGACUUGUGUUACUUCAACUUCCUGUGCGCCCACCCCCUACUAGUACUAUCUGACUUCAACCACGUGUAUUCGAACCUGGGAUACGUGUUACUAGGGCUGCUAUUCCUCGCCCAAGUCUGGAGGAGACAUAAUACGCAUCAGAAUAAAACUGCUGAACAGAAGGAACUAGGUAUACCUCAGCACUUUGGCCUGCUGUACGCGAUGGGUAUAGCCCUGGUCAGCGAGGGUCUACUGUCCGCAGCCUACCACGUCUGUCCCAAUAGCAUGAACUUCCAAUUCGACACGUCGUUCAUGUACGUGACGUCAGUGCUGUGCAUGGUGAAGAUCUACCAGUCGCGCCACCCCGACAUCAAUGCGCGCGCGCACGCCACCUUCGGGGUGCUCGCGCUCAUUAUAUUUAUUGGUCUAGUGGGCGUGCUGAACGCGAACUUCUACUUCUGGAUCGCGUUCACGGUGCUGCACCUCGUCACCUGCCUCGUGAUGACCUUCCAGAUCUACUACCUCGGGAGAUUCAAGCUAGACGGCGGGCUGGUAUGUCGCGCGGCCCGCGAGCUAGUGUCGCGCCCCCUGGCCGCCAUCACGCCCACCCACUGCGGACGCUGUGUGUUGCUCAUCAUUGCCAACCUGUCCAACUGGGCUAUUGCUGCUUAUGGAGUGGCCCAACACAGUCGUGACUUCGCGUCCCAUCUACUCCUUGUCCUCAUGAGCAACCUCUUCCUCUACACAUUGUUCUACAUCGUCAUGAAGUUGCUCAACCGGGAGUCGAUCCGGUGGUACAGCUGGGUGUUCAUAGCGCUGACAUACUCGAUAUGGUUCGGAUCCAGUUACUUCUACUUAGACCAGAAUACUAAUUGGGCCUUAACUCCAGCGCAGUCUCGCCAAAGCAACCGCCAAUGCUCCCUACUCCAAUUAUACGACUCUCACGACAUCUGGCACUUCCUGUCGUCAACUGCGAUGUUCUUCUCGUUCAACAUGUAUUUAACCAUAGACGAUAACCUCUCUAGGACGCCUAGAAGCAAUAUUAUGGUGUUUUAAUUUUAAAAUCUUAAAAAAAUAUGUUUUAUGUGGUCCAAUUCUUCCUCCCCCUUUGUAAUUGUCUAGUCUACUAAUGUACCCAGUUUUCCAAUCCCGCAAUUACAAAAUCCUCUGUAACCCUUACCCCUACCUCCCUCCCUCUGCUACCCCCUACCCCUCAAUCCCCCAAUGAAAUUAAAUGAAAUCUAUUUCCUUCAUUCAUAUUCAUUUCAUUUCAUUUCAUUGAUCUCCCGAUCCCCGGAUCCCUAUUUUCUAUGGGGGUUGGUAAUCCAACCCCCUUCCCCUCAAUUGUUCGAUCCCCCAAUCCCUCAAUAGAAAAUUUUAUCGAGGCUUAUUUUUUAUUUUUGUGAAUGAUAAAUUAUUAUUUUAAUGCAUGAUUAUUUUUGUAAAAGAAAUAUUAUUUAAUUUUAAUUGAUAAUGUUGUAAUAAUUUUAUGUUUUGUAUUGAUUAUGUGAUUUUAUGAGGUUUUUAAAACGGGUUAUUCUAGAUUUAGGUUAACCCCUAUUACAUGGGACUUAUAACAUAACUGGUGAAAAGUGGGUGUUACAUUGUACACCUCUGUCUACCCCCUUUUAGCGAUUUUAAACGAAAUUUAAAUUACAUAUCUUUGUAUAUAUAUAUAUAUAUUUAAUUGGUAUAAUAACUAUUAAAAAAAACAUUAAAAAAUAUAAAAAGCAGUAGCCCACCAGUAAUGGGAGAAAUCCAAGCUAUCCGGAGCUGCGGACUACCUAGCGGGUUUACCGGGGCUCCGGCUCGACAAGCAGGAGUAGGAACGGAAUGGUUUUUAGUCAGUAAGAGUCUGACACUCCCUCUCGCCUCGCCCAAUGAGAGAGAA